AUGACAGUAAUGAUAAUAAUGUUCUGUACAGGAAUCUUCAUGCUGUCUGCAUGUGUUCCUCAUCAGUAUCACUUUGUGAAUGUGACUAAGAACUGGACUGAAGCACAGACAUACUGCAGAGAGCACUACACAGACCUGGUCACUAUUAACAACCAAGAGGACACAGAUGAGCUGAUUAACACUGUUAAAGGAGAUGUUGAGCGUGUUUGGAUUGGACUGGAGAAGAGUGGUGAUAUGAGGUGGCAGUGGUCUCUGGGAGAUCCAACAUUCUACAGAGAGGGAGAAAUGGAGUUUACAAACUGGGAUGAACGCGCACCAAGUCAUGAGAGUAGUUCUGAGGACUGUGUCAUAAUUAAAGGAAAUGGAAAAUGGAAUAACAAGGCAUGCACAGAGCAGAAACACUUUUUGUGUUAUGAUGGGAGAAAGGUUAGCAGUGAGAGAUACAUAUUGAUUAAGGAGUACAAAACCUGGACAGGAGCUCAGAGCUACUGCAGAGAAAAUCAUACAGACCUGGUCAGUGUGAGGAACCAGACUGAGAAUGAUUGGAUAAAGAAUGAGUGGAUAAAGAGUUCAGCGAGGGACAGUACUGAAACCUGGAUUGGCCUGUUCAGGGACUCAUGGAAAUGGUCAGAUCAGAGUAAAUCCUCAUUCAGAAACUGGGCACCUGGACAACCUAGUAAUAAUGGGGGUGUUGAGAACUGUGCUGCCAUGCAGGUGAAUGGUGCUGAUGUGGGACAAUGGCAUGACUUUACAUGCGCCGGUGAAAAGCCAUUUGUUUGCUAUGAAGACAAGCUGAUCCUGAUCAAUAUGAAUCUGACCUGGAGUGAAGCUCUAAAUUACUGCAGAAGGCGUCGUAUGGACCUGGUCUCAGUUCACUCAGAGAAGAUUCAGAACAAAGUGAAAGCGGUGACUGAAAAGGCCUCCACUGCUCAUGUGUGGCUGGGCUUACGUUACAGCUGCACUCUAGGCUUCUGGUUUUGGGUGAGUGGAGAUUCUUCCUGCUACCACAACUGGGCUCCAGGGAAUGGAACUGUGGUGGAGGAGUGUGUAAAUGAAGGAAGAACUGGAGCAGUUGAGACCAGAGAAGACAAACAAUGGAUCAGCCUUCCUGAGAAUACCAAACUGAACUUCAUCUGCACCAACUAUGAAGAUGACUGA